CACGUCUCGGGCGGAGAUGCGACGGUGGACCAUUGGCGGAGAGUAAACGCGAGAUCGGGAAGUGUUCUCGGCCGACGUUUCCCUGGUGUCAUCGGUAUGCCGACGGACAUCGUGGCGUCGUCGGCCUCGGCCUCGGCCACGGUCUCGGAGGAGACGAGCAGAGGUCGAGACCUGGGCCUUGGGCCGUCACCAAGGUCGGCUCCUUCUUCAGCGAGUGCAUCAUCGUCAGGAUCAGCGGCACAGUCGACCUCGAGGGGUUUCGACCCGUCAAGUGCCCUGGCCGCUUAUCACCAUCAUCGACAUGGCCUGGUGGCUGGUCUCGGCCACCCUCAUCACCGCGAAUCGUCCGCGUUCGUACCCGUGGUGCCUUCGAGGCUACAUCUGGCGCCAUACCCAGGCGACAUGCAUCCCCACCUGCCGGGGCCACCGCCGUCCUCAUCGACCACGUCGAAUCCGGACCACGAGGUCGGCACAGAGCCAUCCGUCGCGAGGAAGUCCUCGUCCAGUUACGAAAUUAUGGCUAUGAUGGCGGAUAAGAGGAAGGAGUUAGCCGCGAGGGCUCUUUUGCUUCCUCCACCGCCUCUCCUGGAACCACCACCCGGUUACCCAGUCUUUGCUGGUCCAUUUCCUGGUGGCUCGGCUCUCUAUCCACCUGGUGGACCUAGAGCGUCCAGGCCUAAGAAGCAGUUCAUCUGUAAAUUCUGUAAUCGUCAGUUCACAAAGUCGUACAAUUUGUUGAUUCACGAGAGAACACACACGGAUGAGAGGCCGUACUCGUGUGACAUCUGCGGCAAGGCUUUCAGAAGACAGGAUCACCUUCGAGAUCAUAGGUACAUCCACAGUAAAGAGAAGCCCUUCAAAUGCGGCGAGUGCGGCAAGGGUUUCUGUCAGAGCCGCACCCUGGCCGUGCACAAGAUCCUUCACAUGGAAGAGUCCCCCCACAAGUGUCCCGUCUGCGCGCGAAGCUUCAACCAGCGCAGUAACCUGAAAACCCACCUCCUCACCCACACAGAUCACAAACCCUACGAGUGUACCUCCUGUGGCAAAGUCUUUCGCAGGAACUGCGACCUGAGGAGGCACGCGUUGACGCACGCAGUAGGCGACGUGCCACCGGAAGCACUGGAAGAGGCCCUCAGGGACGACGACAGCCCGGAAGAAGAUUGUCCGGACACUGGCUCGUCGUCAUCGACGUCCGCGUCAACGACGAACUCUUCCUUACCGACAUCCACGACGAACACGUCCUACCCACCUCAAGCCUCAUCCGGACCACCUCAGCCGCCCCCAACGGCAGCGUCCGCGUCCUCUCUACCCCAGAGACCUCAGCUACAGAUCAGAAGAGACCUAUUGCCAGCGGUGAAGCCCUCCACAGUGACCAGUGGUGGAAACGGUGGCCACUCGGUCACUCAGAACCCACCAGGGGCCCUGCCACCCCCGCCGCCAUUAAUCCUGACUUCGUACAGACGAAGAAUCGGCUCGCCUGGACCCUCGAGGGUGCUUCUCGAGCUGCAGGAACGCGAGAGGGAGCGAGAGAGGGAACGCGAGAUCGAACAGAGCAGGGAGAGAGAACGUGACAGAGAGAGAGAAGAAGAGGUGUCCAGACCCCUGAGGGCGCCCACCCCGCAGCCACCACCGCCUCCUAGACCUGCCCCAGCCAGACAGGGCUUCACUAUAGCGGACAUAAUGCGUCGGUAG